GCUCAGCUGGGUUUUUGGGUCAAGUCGCCCAGCCGACUCAUGGAGCCUCCGACCAAGAAGGCCCGCACAGACGAGCCGGAGGAGGAGAGCGGCACUGUCCAGGAGCCAGAGCCAGAGGAGCUGGAGUGCGAUGACACGGCUACGGGACCGAAGGCGAAGGACAGAGCGAUAUUCUACGUUGAAGACACAACCAUCAAUGUGCUAAGCUCGAAGUAUAACACGCUGAUGCCCCUGACGGAUGGUGGGCUUCAAUAUCUUCUGGCAGGAGCUCGAGCCAACCUGGGCAUCAAGACAGGUCGCUACAUGUUUGAGGUCAAGAUCCUGGAGGUCAUGUCCCCUUUGGAAGACCCAAAUGCCCGGUCCCGGGUACCGCUGCCGCGAAGUCAGCUGCGAAUUGGCUUUGGCAGUGUAAAGUGCAACCUCUUCCUGGGACACACAGAGGAUGCAAUUGGCUUCGACAGCGAGGGCUUCCUGCUGCAGGGCAAGAACAGAACGCCGGUUGCCCAGAAGUUUAGCACUGGAGACGUGGUGGCUGUGGUACUGAAUCAGAUUAGCUCCAGCCCCAACGCCCAUACCGUCAGCCUCUUCAAGAAUGGCAAGCGGAUCUCCCAGCCGCAACCAGUGCCACAGCACCUUCGGGAAAAGGCCUUGUAUCCGCUGCUGACAUUCAAGAAUGUCAGCUUGCAGUACAACUUCGGGCCUGUUUCUCUCGCUCCUUUGCCCUUCAAGUGCAGAAUGGUCAACGAAGUCCUGCAGCCAGACGUGUGCAAGAAGAAGGAGCACACUCAGCAUGCAGAGGGCCAGUACGAGGUGCUGUUUCCAAUUUCACUUCCUGAUGAAGGUGGCUUUGACUGGCUGGAUCAGUUCCUGAUAAAGAACCCUCACUACGUCGAGCUGAGUGAUCGAUCACUUCUGAAUUGGUGCGAGAAAAGUGGACUGCUGCGGCCAAAGGGCUACAACAUCUUGGCAAAAGGCUCCAAUGACAAGCCGGAGAUGGGCAUGGGCAUCACGGCACUGGACGAUCUUAGCGUGCGGCGCGUCCUCAAUGCAGUUGCCCCGAUCCAGCAGAGGAACUACGUUGUCAUGGAGGUCCGAGCCAAUUUGCUGAAGGAGGAGAGGGCCGAGCAGCUGCCGAGAUGGCUUGGCUUUAAGCGAGUGGCGGCGGUGAUCUUGGGUGAGCCUCCACAAGUGUUCAAGAAGUAUUCUCAGGAUGUCUCUUUGCGGGUCAAGCAGGAGGUCUCCGACAUCGAGUUCAAAGCAAAGCAAGUCCAGGAGAAGCAGCAGUUCAUGCUGCAGAAAAGACAGAAGCAGAUGGAGAAGGACAAGAAGAAGGCAGCAAAGAAGGCGGCAAAAGCGCAAGAUGCGAUGCUGAAAAGGAUGAAGUAUGAGCAGCUGAAGAAGGAGGCCGAGGCCAAGGGUGAGGUGCCUCCGGAUCCGCCAGAAGAGGAGGACGAGGAGGAAGAAGAAGAGGAGGUCGAGGAAGCCGAGCCCAUGGAUCAAGAGCCUCCCACAGUUGAGCUCACGGAUGAGGAGAAGAAGAGGUGGUUUAGCAAGCAGCCAGUGAGCGCCUUGACGAUGUACGUCUUGAACACGACCUUCCAGAGAUACUCCUUGCCAGACAAGGCAGAAGCCUUCGAAGAGGUGAGAUGGCUUUGGCAGAAGGAAGACAAGGCCAGGGAGUAUCUCAAGGCUUGGGUGCAGGACCGGAAGCUCACUUCUCGGGUGGAGGAUUUGCAGCCGGGCGACUGGUUUUUGACCAAAUGGAAGGAGUGGCAGAAGGUGCUGUCAGGCUGGCGUGCGAAGCAAACGGCCUGGGAGGCCAGCAAAGUCAAGAAGCAAAUGGAAGCAACACAAAGGGAGCAGAAGAAAAAGGCUUACGAAGCUGCAGUGGCUGAAGCAGAAAAGGAGGGCAAGGAGCCUCCUGAAAAGCCUGAAGACCUCGAGGAGAGUCCAAAGGAGACUCCCAAGGUGGAUCUGGAGCUGGUAGACGUCUUUGGUGUCGAUGACGUGAACGACAUUGGCAGCGGCGAGCCGCUUUUCUCGGCCUUCCAGUUCGAGGACUGGGGCAUGCUGCAACUGCGCUUUGAGCUACAUCUUCUCUCACAUGCGUUCAAGAAGGAUGCCAAUGACACCGAUCGGGUCUUGGUGCCGUUGGACCACCUGCCAUUCUACUUCAACCGCUACUUCAAGAAGGCCCUCAGCACCAAGACCUACGGAGUGGACACUGUGGAGGAGGUGGUGAGACUGGUGCGGGACACCAUUCUCAUCGCAAAGAACCCCAUCUCCAAGCUCAGGGUCCUGGAGUCCCAGCUCCCUGAAGAGCUGGAGUGUCUGAAUGUCUUCAUCAUGCUCACGGAGGAGCACCGACGUGAGCGGCAGAGGCGGUUUGACCUGGGUGACGAGUCAGCCAAGCUGAAGUUCAUCACUCCUGGCGGCGUGACGUCCAGUGUGUCGUCCAGAGACAUCGUAAUGCCAGGCGUGGUGUCAGGCGGCGCAAGCCCCACCGGGGGAGUGCGGCCCACUCUGCCAGGGGCGCUGUCUGGAGGCGCCAGUCCUGGUGGAUCAAUGCGACCGGUCAUGAUGCCAGGCAUGCGCCCGGGCUUUCCUAUGCGACCUUUCGGUCCGUGGCGAAGCUGGUGAGGUGCGGCCAGCGCUGUGAAGGGAAAUAUGUCCAGGAAACUGCAAGUGUUUUCGUUGCCCAAGCGCAAGUCGGACAUGGGACAUGAGCUGGUAUGUUAGUUGUUUUCAUCAUGCUGUGUCCUUGGCUCUCUGGCUUAUUCUGAUGUGAUGGGUAGCGGAGUGUCGAGG